AUGGGUCGGCUCGACCGGAGUGAUACCACGGCCUCACAGAAAACCGGCGUGAAACAACCACAACGUUGUGUUUCGCCGUUAUGCCCGCCGGUGUGUAGCCGGUGCGUGCGCAUGGGCAGCCUACCGGACCUCACGGAGCGUUCGCGGCCGACUCCCGUACGAGCCGCCGUGCGAACCGUGUCCGACCCGCACCGGCACCGGACUAUUAUCACACCGAUUCCAGUUAGCACAAUCUACAAAAAAGAAUGGCCUUGGAAAAAGCAGAAGACUCCAAUAAGGGUAGCGGGAUCAUGCAUCGGACCUCGACGUCGGGAUUCGGCUGCAUCUUCAGUAGGAGCAGCUUCAGUUCGCAGGCUGCUUGCCCGACAACCACCGAAGCUGCCCAAACCACUCGUCAACCGGUUUACUCUUCUCUGCAUUUCCAGCGGUCUUUGUGCCACUGCCCUUCUUCCUUUCACAGCAUUCGCUGGCGCCGAGGCCGGAGCUAUGCCUCUAUCAAUCAUGCACACUGCCGCAGCUGUUGUGGCUCCGUUCUCUCCCCUAAUCCUCCAAAAGACUGGAACCAGAUUAGUGAUUGCGAUAUCCCACACUCUUGUAUGUGUGUUGCUGUCAGCUCACACAGUAGAAACACCAUUACCUGUUCUCCUUGCGUUAUACGGACUCUGUGGAGUAACGCUAUCCCCGAUGUCCCUGGCAUUGUCAGCAUCAGCAACUUCUCUAGCACAAGCAGCUGGCGAUGAGGCUAGAAGAAAAGUUGCCCUCAGAAGAGCUUUAAGAGCACUUAGAGCAGCUCAGGACUUGGGUCUUGUCUGUGGCUCCCUACUCCUAGGAUUUGCCCUCCUGAUAUGGUCUGAAGAGAUUUCUAAACCUUCCACUCCUGCACCAACGAAUAUAACUGUGCCGAGGUGGCCACCACCUGAGGAAUAUUUCUUAGAAGAUGAUUAUGAGGAGCGGACAUGCGGAUCUGCUGGGUGUCCAGAUAUGCAGACCUUAUCAGGCACGGUACUGGACGCUUACGGCAGAAUGUUGCUGGUCGCUAUGUGGGCAUUCCUAGCUCUGUUAUCUGUCGGGAUGGGUGUGUAUGGUGCACCGUCAGCUCCUGCACCACCGCCUGACGCCCGCUCUGUCUUCGUAGACCCUCGAGCAAUUCUAGGAAUGCCAAUGGGACUAUUCAUAGGACUCCAACAGGGAUUUAUUUAUACGUCAUAUAUUAAGUGGUAUGGAGUAUGCGUGGACGGAUGGUGGUGUGCGUGGCGAUCGCUCUGCGGGACAGGGGUCCUACAGGCUCUGGCAGCCGGGACACUGUCUAUGGCAGCAGCGCGAGGAAGGCGCGGUGCGCUCGCGGCUGGUGGCGGCGCUGCGCAUGCGUCACUAGUCCUCGCUCUACUUAGGUGGAGGGCUGCUAAGACGGACUUAGCACUUCCUGCCUUGGCGGCAGCCGCCUGGGGCGCUUGUGCUGCUCUUUGGGAUGUACUGCAGGCCGGUAUCUGCAUCGGUGGUCCAGGUUGGCGAGGCGCGUGGUCCAUUAUCUUGGCGGCGCGGCACUCAGGGAUGGCAAUGGCGUGCAUCGCACGACAACUGUUGUGUGUACGCGCACAGCUGGCGGGCUUGGCGACAGCCCUGCUGGCUGCACUCGUCACGCAUACUAUGCUGGAGCUUAGAUUGCGCAGAGGUGAUAAACCGAAACAUUUAAGAGGGACACAAAUCGCCCAAGAUCCUAGCGAAGACCAACAGCGACGCAGCUGGCGGCGCUUGCACCGACGUCCGACGACGUCGAGGAGCCUGACGUCAGUGACGUCGCGUGCCACGUCAUCAGUUAACGUCGCUGGCGAAUAA